CGUCCUCACAGAUUUUCCAGACAUUCAAGACAAGUGCUUCUGGCUGUGCCCUUCUAAGUGCGCUGGCAAUUAUGCAUGUCCACUCCUGUCGCGUCUUCUCUUUCUGUCUUACCAUCCUUGACAUGUACAGUAAUUCCACGCAAUCUACCUAGCCCUCCUUCUCAGCAGCUCCUCUCCGACCACCAAACCAAGUUUCCGCAAAAUGAGUUUUUCUAUCGCCGGCCGCUGAAUAGGUUUAUGGAGGGAGGCAUGGUAGUCGCUCGAGGAAGUGGAAGAAAAGUCGUACCCGUCGAUCGGCGGCGUAGCAUGGAGAGAAUCCGUUAUCGAGAUCAACUCGGCCUGCGUUCCGUUCAGCUUCCUCCGUGUGACCGCCUUCGUCGGGCAGGUGGUGUGGUGUGUAUCUCGAGCGCCAUCUGCGGCUUCCAGAAGCGCCUCGCACGCGAAUGUGCAGCCUUUACCACGAGGUUUCUGCUUUUUGUGCUCACGUGAGGCGUCGACGAGAAUUUUGAUACAGAGUGGCGUUGUUACUGCAGAUGUUCACGGCCAUGCGCGCGCUCGUGGUAUUCAUGGCAACGCCAACGCCGUACUGUGUUGCGCGCCACCCACGCCCCAACCUGUAUCUGCCUCGCUCUUGAUCUAUUCGUUGUUACCGAGGUAUUGUCCAUUUGCUACUGCACUGCCAAGUCGC